GGACGCUUCAAGCGGCGGCGUGAGGCCUGGCCGCGCGUGUGGGCGUUAUGGCUGCCUCGGGCAAGCUCGGCACUUUCCGUCUUCCCCCUUUGCCCACCAUUCGGGAGAUCAUUAAGCUGUUCGGACUGCGAGCUAUGAAGCAGCUGUCCCAGAAUUUCCUGCUGGACUUGAGGCUGACAGACAAGAUUGUAAGGAAAGCUGGCAGUCUAGCAGAUGUCUAUGUUUACGAAGUGGGUCCCGGGCCUGGGGGAAUCACAAGAUCCAUUCUCAAUGCCGAUAUUGCUGAACUUCUGGUGGUUGAAAAGGACACUCGGUUUAUUCCAGGAUUACAGAUGCUUUCUGAUGCAGCACCUGGAAAGCUGAGGAUUGUUCAUGGAGAUGUGCUGACGUAUAAGAUAGAAAAGGCUUUUCCAGACAGGGUUCGAAGACAGUGGGAAGAUGAUCCUCCAAAUGUACAUAUUAUUGGAAAUCUGCCUUUUAGUGUUUCAACUCCUCUGAUUAUCAAGUGGCUUGAAAAUGUUUCUCUUAAAGAUGGACCUUUUGUUUAUGGGAGAACUAAGAUGACGUUAACAUUUCAAAAGGAGGUGGCUGAAAGACUUGUAGCCACUACAGGAAGCAAACAGCGUAGUCGUCUUUCCAUUAUGGCCCAGCACCUCUGCAAUGUUAAACACCUCUUUACAAUUCCAGGAAAAGCUUUUGUUCCCAAACCAGAGGUCGAUGUAGGAGUGGUGCACUUUACGCCCUUGAUAGAGCCCAAGAUCAAGCAGCCAUUCAAACUUGUGGAAAAAGUUGUACAGAAUGUGUUUCAGUUCCGAAGGAAAUACUGCCACCGGGGGCUCGGAAUGUUGUUCCCUGAAGCUCAACGCCUAGAAAGCACUGGAAAGCUGUUACAAUUGGCAGACAUUGAUCCAACUCUCCGGCCCACCCACCUCUCUCUCAUGCAUUUUCAAAGCCUGUGUGCUGUAUAUAGAAAAAUGUGUGAUGAAGACCCACAACUUUUUGCUUAUAACUUCAGAGAAGAGCUCAAGCAAAAGAAAAGAAACAGCUCAGAGAAAAAUGACACAGAAAGUUAUGAGUUCUAACUACUACGUUAGGACUCCCAGCCCGAUGGGUCCAUAGCCACAGUGUGGAUCCUCUACAUAUGGACUUAUCUAUAAAGACAGAUACCAAUGACCAGAUGGCUUACAUGCAGUUUACUCUUCAGCUUGAUAAGAGAAUAUCAAGUAGGUACAGUACAAGCUUUCCUUUUAUACUGCAUAGAUACAUGUUUAGUAUAAACAGCAUUUAUUACAGCCUUCAAAAAGGAAAUGUCUGCACAUUGUGCCCCUAAACCAUGUAAAAAUAACUUAAAUGUGCUUUAAAUAAAGCAAAAAACUAACAGCUCAAAGAAAAUGCCCAAAGGAUUGGGGGAGGGGCCCUUUGAGAAGCUAUUAAUCACAACUUUCCCAAUCUUACUUUUCCCACAUAACUUAAAAUAAUUAGAAUGCAAUUUUAUUACAAGACUAAAUCAUUUGAUUCCUGCUCAAAGGGGAUAGAUAUAAGCUAGUAAUUUACAGAUUCUGACCAACUUAAUCUAGUUUUCUGAUCCACAAUAAAUUAAAAUAACUUAAAUCUUU